AUGCUCGUCGAUGGGAUCGCAGCCCAAAUAAGUCAGAGGGGAAUAGGCAGGACCGCAGAGGCUGCAAUGAGGCUCCUCGAUGAAACUGAGCCUUUCUUGCAGAGAGAGAGAGAGAGAGAGAGAGAGAGAGAAGAGGCCAUGGCUGUGCUGAAGAUCUCCUCGCUCCUCGCCGUUUACGCUUUGGUGGCCUGUCAGAUGGAGAACGGCCAGGCGGUCCCGCUCAGAGCGGGCUUCGAGCCCGUCACCGACCGAGGCGCCCUGGGGGACUACGAAGCUCGGCGGUUACUCAACGCCCUGGUGAAAGAAUACGUCCAGAUGACCGCGGAAGAUCCGGAUCAGGGCAGCGAAGGCAGUAGCUUGGAUAGACCUAUUUCCAAACGUUGUGCCAACCUGAGCACUUGUGUGCUGGGCAAACUGUCUCAAGAAUUGCACAAGUUGCAAACGUACCCUCGUACUGACGUCGGGGCUGGGACGCCUGGCAAGAAAAGGAAUGUGUUGAGUGAGCUGGAAAAUGAACGCUAUGCAAACUACUGAGGAAGCCCUCGGAAGCAACUAAAUGGGCUCAGAUUCCUCUUUUGAUUUGAUUUGAUUUGAUUUUUUUCCUCUUUUGUUUCUUUCUUUUAUUUAACUUGAUGCAUGAUGUGGAUCUAACCUUCACUGCUAACUUUGCUGUGUUCUUUUAGAUCUGAAGUGCUUGGAGUAGUAGAGCAAAGUCCAAGUUAGGAAAUUGAGGACAAAAUGCACACACACUUAACACUGUUGUAGGGAGCUGGGGAAAAGCAGAAGCCAAAUUCAGAAUAGUUAUCAGAAUAAAAACAUUGCCUUGAAUUUACAACUGAUUUUUUUUAGAGUCUUAUUUUAAGAAUAAGAAGGAAGCAUCAUUUUUUUUUAUUUGAGGCUACUCAUUGUAAAAAAAACCCCGAAAUAAAUAAAUGUUUCUUUCAUGUCCGAUCAUGCAACUGUUCAAUAAAACUAUUUUUCUAUAAGGAAUAGGUCUAUGUUCUGAUUACAAAUUAUUUGUACCAUUUUUAAAAUGUGGGGCUUGUAGCAAAAUUUGAAGUGUUUUCAUCCAGCUGUAAGGAGGUCAGUAUGGAUGUUUGCAUUUUUUUUUUGCUUAAUUAAGAGUAUUUUGAAAGAGCUACAUGCUUGAUUAGUAUUAGAUAAAUCAAUGUGAUAACUUUCAUACAAUGAAGUCAGCGAAAAGAUUCACACUGAGUUUGAUAGUAUGAAUUUUACAAAUCUGUUCAGAAGUAUAGAAACACAACCACUGGUUUCCAAAUGUGAGCAAUAUUGUUCAGUUAUAAAAGUUCUAUUCUGUUUGACUUCCUCCAGGUAAGAAUUUUAAUCUUAUAUUUAUGUAUCUAUUUGUUCAUGAAGAAGUCACUUAUUUUGAUUGACUUAUCAGCCUAAAGAUAAUUUAAUGCAAGAGAAUCCAAAAUUGCCUGUAAUUCAAAUAUUGACUUGUAUUCGUUGUGGGAACAAUGUAGGCUAAGUUAAACAUUCAAACCGAUGAGACUUAAAAAACCUGAUUUUUGUUGGUCAGAGAUGAGCAACAGAAAAACCAAGUUGGAUCACACCUAUGGUCAAUCUGAUAUCAGAUAAAUAUAUCAUAUAUCAUUUAGACCAGGGCUGUCAAACUCACAGCCGGUGGGCUGGAUGCAUCACGCUCUGGCCAUGCCUCCACCCGUUUUAGCGAAGGGGGAAAAAAGUCCCAGUACAUCACGUGACACCGCCAUGAUGCCCGCAAGUUUGACACCCAAUGAUUUAGACCAUUCGGAUAGCUUAUAUACCCAGAAAUGGCAUUACAUUAGGAAAUGUAGACCCAGGAGAUGAAGGUAGCAGUCCUCAUAUGCAGUGGCAUUGACCAACCUUGAUGCUACAGGACUAUGAUCCUUGGAAAUCCAGGUUUUGGGCCAUCUUAGAAAAGGUGUAGGUUAUCCUCCCACAGUUCUGGAUUUUGCUAGGUUGGGGAAGAAUGUGCAAUGAUUUGGUUUUUCUACACUCUGGGCUAUGUUAAGAGAGUAGAAGUCUCUUGAGCAGGGGGUUGGACUAGAUCAGGGAUUUCCAACCUUGUCAACUUUAAGACUUCAACUCCCAGAAUUCCUCAGCCAGCAAAGGUGGAUCUCUUGCCUCACAAUUAGGAGGUUGUGAGUUCGUUCCUAGGUAGAGGCAGAUGUAGGGUCUCCUGCUUGGGCAGGGGGUUGGACUAGAUCGGGAUCUUCAAUCUUGUCAACUUUAAGACAGACUUCAACUCCCAGAAUUCCUCAGCCAGCAAAACAAAGCUGGUUGAGGAAUUCUGGGAAUUGAAGUCCACAAGUCUUAAAGUUGACAAGGUUGAAGACCCCUGGACUAGAUGACCUGCAAGGACCCUUCCAACUCUGUUAAUUGUUAAAAUAAGGCAAGGUUCAAAUCAGAAGCUUGCAUCAAAGAUCUUAACUCUAAUUUAUUUCUUUUUUUUAAAAAAAACCCCAACAACAGCAUAACAGCACAAAAGAGAGCAUGUAACACGGCAACAUGUGUGACCCAUCGUUUGGCAGAUUUCCUAAACCGAUCAGGAGGUGUGGGAAAAAACACAUUUGUACCUACCAAUGUUGGAGCCCAUGCUUUUGGUAGGCGAAGA